UUCCAGGGUCGAGCGUCGAGCGGCAGACGAUCGAAAUGUGAAGCGGAGGACACUAACACAAUCUCUUCGAAAAUGGGCAAUUGUCUCUUGCUUUUUGGAUUCAAGAAGCAGAAGAGGCCUGUCACACUGCUGUUGGUGGGUUUAGACAACGCUGGGAAAACAACGGCAGCGAAGGGAAUCGUCGGAGAUCCUGUAGAAGAUACUGCACCAACAGUAGGCUUUGCCCCGGAAUACCUAGAAUAUAGAGGCUGUGAAAUUACUAUAUAUGACUUAGGCGGAGGCAGUCGAAUCAGGCCAGUGUGGUCUAAGUAUUUCUCUGAGGUCCACGGUGUAAUAUUUGUGGUGGAUUCAAGUGAUCCUAAUAGAAUACAAGAAUGUAGAGAUGUUCUUUCAAAUCUUCUGUCAGACAGAAAAGUUGCAGGGAAACCAGUCCUUGUACUUGCCAACAAGCAAGAUGUAGAAGGUGCCAUGGAUGAGAUAGACCUUGUAGAAUCUCUCAAGAUAGAACAAGUUGUUAACAAAUACAAAUGUCCAACGAGAGUGGAAACCUGCUCGGCCAUCACUACUCGGAAGGAGAAGCCUGACAAACCUAUUGCCGAUGGAUUCAGAUGGUUGAUAGAUACCAUAGUUGUGCAUUACAAAGAAAUCAAUAAACGAGUGGAUGCCGAUAUGGAAACCGAACGAAAACUACUCGAGAAGGAAAUGGAGGAAAGAAGAGAAAGGAUACGAAAGCUAAGGGCAGAAAGAGAGAGACAAGAAGCCCUUCGGAAUCAGGCCCUGGCUGCAAGAAACCAGGCACCCGGUGUCCCUGAUAGUGACGACUCCGACGUUGUUGUUAGUGAUGUGAAGCAGGGCCCAGGGAGCAGCGGCAUACCCAAUGGUGUAUUACCUCAGUCAAGAAGGAAGUCUGUUAAGCAAAGGAGAGAGGUAAGGAGAAACUCAACAGAUGACCAGGAGCUCAGGGAACUUGGUUUCAAGUCUCCUGCAGAUCUUCAGGAUUCUACCUCCUCUUCUUCCUCUGCAGAGCAGGCUUCACCCGAGAGAACACCAUCUUCUCCCCCAAGCUCCAAAAGCCCAAGAAUAUCUUCAGAGACUGCAACUUCGCCUUCUGCAACGUCUCAAGCAAGCAAACCCCACCGUGUCAUUCUCGUUCAAGAAUCUCCGACCCACUUGGCUGCCUCCAACAAUAACCUCUCUGUUAGUUCACCCUCUAGUAAUGGAAAGGAGGCGAACUCUAAACACAAGCAGUCUCUCGGCUCACGUUCCAGUGCUGAGAAAAAUAAAGACAGUAGGAUUCUCGAUCCAAUUAGUGCUGCUUAUGCUAAUGUGUUUGGUACCUCAAAGCUGGACCUUUCAAUUGAGGAGAGAGAGAAUGAGUGUGUUCCUAUUGACUCAGAUGACGACCUCUUUGAUAUUCCAUCUUUGUCCAAGAGUGGUCGCCAGAGCAGCCUUCCUUCAGUUACCACACGGACAAGUUCAACGCCUUCUAUUAUUAGCUAUAUUAAAGAUCACCUGGAGCUGGAAGCUACAGGUAAACCACCAAAGAAGAAAUCAUUUUUGAAAAGAUAUCAUAAAACAGCCCCACUGGUUCAAAAUAAUUCAGCUGAACAUAAUUCCGUUAAUCACAAUUCAAGGGUUCCUCCACCGCUGGCAUGACACGGAAUGUAAGAGCUAAUGUUGAUAGCAUUAGCUGUAGUAAUCAUAUUCUUUAAUGAUCUGUUUUACAAGGUUUUAAUGUCAGCUUUGCAUAACAAGUUAAAGGAAAUAAAAGUAAUGGGCAGAUUUUAUAUUCAUGAUCAUGGGUUUAAAAGGUAUUUCCAAGCUAUAAUAACUAUGAUGUGAUAUUGAAUAGGUUGGAAAAGAUGACAUCCAGUAUGGUUUAAAAAGUGAAAAUAUAUGAUUUUUUUUUUUCU